AUGCCUUCCCAACAACCCCAAAUCUCGGACCUGCCAGCAAUAACCACAUACCUAACUGGCCACAACCACACUGGCAAAGCAAUCGUUGAAGAAACCCGGCCUGCAAACUGGACCGUCUACGAUAACGAAGAAAUGGCCUUCAAUGUCGCCUACACAACCUCUCAAUUCCCAGCAAACCUCAAUGGAAACACAGAUAUCAAAACCCACGACAAAGUAACCUCGUCAGGCAAACUCGGUCUUGUGAACCCAAACGGCACAGUUUGUCGUACCGUUGACUUUGCACCUGGCUUUGAAUGUAUGAUGCACAGAACCCAAUCGCUUGACUACGGUAUCGUGAUUGCUGGGGAGAUUGAAUUGGUGUUGGAUUCUGGAGAGAGGCAGUUGAUGAAGCCGGGAGAUAUCGCAGUGCAGAGGGCAACGAUGCACUCGUGGAAGAAUCCGAGUGAGAGCAUGUGGGCGAGGAUGACGUUUGUGUUGCAGGAUUGUGAGAAGUUGGUUGUGGGUGGUGAGGUGCUGGGUGAGGAUCAUGGAAGAGGAACUGAAGGGCUGCCUAUGAGCGGCAACUGA